CUGAUCGCCGCUGGAGUAGAGUAGAGAGGAGAGAGAGCACGCCUGCGCGGAAUCCCCGGGCGGGCGCGGGCAGUGCCACCGGAGGCCCGGCGGUUUCAGAGCUUCGCCCGGGACGACAAACCGCGGACGAGCCGAGUGCGGGAAACCCCGGUCGCGUAUCACAGUUACUGUCGACCGAUCCGAGGUAUACCGAGUGUCCGCACAGAACGAGGAGUAACAAUCGCGGGGUAAAAAAAAAAAGGAUAAGGGGGGGAUGAUCCCGAUUGUGAACGCCGAGGCAGACCGUUUCGUGACCUUGGUGCGCGCGACACUUUGCGUUCUCCUCCUUUGGAGUAAUUAAAGGAGGAUCCGGUGCUCAUCCCCGGAUCGGUUGCACCGGGAUACGAUAAAUUCUGCGCGCGGGGACCGCUCCUCUAGACUGAUCAACUCGGCCGCGAUCCGCCGAUUUUGCGUUCGGUGAGGUAUCCGCGCGGCGGAGUAUCCACACAAGGCAAAAUAAUGUGAUAUCACAGUGUUGGAAGGAAGAAGAGAAAGGAAAAAGGGAAGAGGGAGAGGCGGAAAGAUUGGUGAGUGCGCGACGAGAACGCCGCAACGAACAGGUUGCAACGAGAGGGUUGCAACGACGGAUAACGCGGGAGUAUGCGCGACUCCUGGUAGCAUCAGGCUGGAAGAUGAGCGGGACGACGACGGAUGAUUAUUAAGCAGAGGAAGCACCGGGAGAAGGGGAUGCACCGAGGUGUUCCAUGAGAUGUCAGUGGAUCCAGGGACAGUUACGCCGUCGUCGUCGUCGUCGUCGUCAUCAUCAUUGUUGUCGUCGUGAUCACCAUGAGGAGGUCCUCCUACGUCAACUACUACGUCCUGUGCCUCGUGUGCUGGAUCCUACUAGGUAUUACCGGAGUGAGUACGAGAUCUCAUUCGUUGGUGAAGAGGUUCGACGGGAUUUACACGGGGCCUUACUUUGACUCGAACACUCCAACGAAUAUCACAGCGCAGCUGGGCACUCACGCUUACCUACCGUGCAAAGUGCGGCAGCUUGGUAACAAAUCAGUUUCCUGGAUCAGAAGAAGAGAUUCGCAUAUCCUCUCGGUGGAUAGAACCAUGUUCAUUCCGGACGAAAGGUUCCAGGCAAUUUUCGGGGAGGCGGACACGUGGACGCUGCAAGUGAAAUAUGUCCAAGCACGCGACGAAGGCGAGUACGAGUGCCAAAUCUCGACCGACCCGAAGAAAAGUCACAUCAUCAAGCUCAAUAUCGUCGUGCCAAAGAUCGAGAUCUUGGGGGACCGUGACAUGUACGUGAAGACCGGAAGUACAGUCGCAAUACGAUGCGUGAUAAAGCAGUCCCUCGAGGGCCCGUUCUACGUUUUCUGGUACCACGAGGGCGAUCGCGUUCUAAAUUAUCAGUUGGGCAAGAUCGAUAUUCAGACGAAGAGGAUCGAACAAGAUACAGUGAGCAGCCUCGUGAUUCACAACGCGAGACGAGAGGACUCGGGUAACUAUACUUGCAGCCCGAGUAACCUGGAUAGCGCGAGCGUGCAGCUGCACGUGCUAAACGGGGAACAUCCCGCGGCAAUUCAGAGAGGCAUCAGUUCAGCGCCGGGUGGUUGUCCCACUCUGUGGUGGCUGGCAGGAGUGGUAACAUUGUACUCGAGUCACGGUAGCCGCCCGUUCGUCCUCGUUCUUCUGAUCCUUAUGGUUCUCUACUCGAAAAAUCCAUCUUACUUUGCGACGGAACGAUAAUCAGGCAAGACCGCAAGGAUGGUAUACGCGUAUAAUCGAUUAUCUCCUGCUACGAGACCCCGACUACCUCGAGAGAAGAGAUCCUCGAUGUUGCGGACCGAUUUCCCGAGAUCAGAAACAAAAAAGACGAGGGUGACAGGAUUAGGAAGAUGGAAGGUAAAAUGAUAGAGAGAAAAAGAGAGAGAGAGAGAGAGAGAGAAAGGGCGAAGAAUAAUGAUUCUGGUGGUAGUAUG